AUGGGAGUGUAUGAGGAGCGCGCCCCUCCUACCACCGGCAUGCACUGGCAGCCGGCCAGCUCGCAGGAGCGUGGCAGCGGCUUGGCUGCGGGGCGUCAAGGGGGGCCCGGCAGCGCGGGGGGGCCCGGAGCAGUGGACCAGGCGAGGGACCUUAGUCCCUGCCUCCCCGCGUCGAUGGGCGACGCUGCACGACCCACCACCUUACCGUGCAGUCCUCCUGCCGCCCACCAUCACGGGCCCCAUCAUACGCCCCUGCAUCAGACCCACUGUGGCACGAACAACAACUGCUACGACGGACCCACCACCCCCUACGACUCUAGGGACUACGAUUCUCCUGGAGGUGGACAGGAGUACAGGAACAACAACAGCAACUUCGAGAACCCAAGCGACCUGAGCAUGCCACCCCAAACGACCCACCACCAUCACCACCACCACCACCACCAUCACCACCACUCCCAUCUGCAUCCCCAGGGUCAUUCGCAAGAACAGCAGACCUCGGAGCAUUUGCACGCUAUCCCGAAGCUGGAGCCACCACCCACCCCGCCGGCGCAGUCCGAGGACGUUCCGGGGGUGGUUUGCGCCGGAUGUGGCCUCCGGAUAUCCGACAGGUUCUACCUGCAAGCAGUGGACAGGAGGUGGCACGCUGCCUGUCUUCAGUGCUCCCAUUGCCGUCAAGGACUGGACGGCGAAGUCACCUGUUUCAGCCGGGACGGAAACAUUUACUGCAAGAAGGACUACUAUCGGAUGUUCGGCAGCAUGAAACGUUGCGCCCGGUGUCAGGCGGCGAUCCUAGCCUCCGAGUUGGUGAUGCGCGCCAGGGACCUAGUUUUCCACGUUCGUUGUUUUUCCUGCGCAGCCUGCGCUGUCCCCCUGACCAAGGGCGAUCAUUUUGGGAUGCGUGACGGCGCGGUGCUCUGUCGGCUCCACUACGAAAUGGGCGCGGAAAUGCAUCCUUCUCAGAGCCCACCGGUUCCGGUUUACCCUCCUGGUCCUCAUUACCCCGGUCAACCCUUUCCCUCUCCGGAAUUCCUUCACCAUCACCACCAUCAUCCGUCCCAUCCGCCGCAUCCUCAUCACUCGAUGCAUCCUCAGCAUCCCCACAGUCACGUCAGUCCCGUACCGCUUCAACCCUCGACGCCAUCCGUGCCUGACGUCGGCUCGCCACCUAAAGUGCCGUACUUCAACGGCGCCGCGGUCGUACCGCCACCUAGACAGAAGGGCAGGCCGAGGAAGAGGAAGCCCAAGGAUCUUGAGGCCAUGACUGCUAAUAUAGAUUUAAACGCGGACUACAUAGAUAUGCCCUUCGGCCGAGGGGGACCCGCGACUCCCGGUAUGCCUGGUUCCAACAGCAGAACAAAACGAAUGAGAACGAGUUUCAAGCAUCACCAGUUAAGGACGAUGAAGAGUUACUUCGCGAUCAAUCACAAUCCGGACGCGAAGGAUCUCAAGCAACUUUCCCAGAAAACUGGCUUGCCAAAAAGGGUGCUGCAGGUCUGGUUCCAGAACGCGCGCGCAAAAUGGCGGCGCAUGGUGCUGAAGCAGGAGGGCAAGUCGGACAAGUGCGACAGCGGCGUGGACGGUGGUUCCCUCGGCGACCUCGAGCUCUAUGGGAACAGCACCGGAAGCGGUGGUCCACCGAUGAGCCCGCCGUUCAUGCUCGGCGGGCCACACAGUCCCGCGUCCUUGGCGUCCCUGGACUGCGCGUGA